AACACUUCACAGGACUGUGUCUUUGGCCAUGAGUGGUGACCUUGACCCAAUAAGAGUAGAGUCUUAGAUUAGACCCCUUCCCCUUUUAAAGUAAUGAACAAUAAGAUAAUCCGAGGAAAAGUCGAGUAUGAAUGUUUAAUGAGGUUUAAAAGUAGUUUGCAUGAAUGUUUAAUUCACUUGGCUCCAUCACGACUUGGUCUCCCCUACCUGUACCCCUGUCCUCCCAUCUCCAUCAAGCUGUCCCUGAACUAACUACUAAUUGCUGGAUGUGAAAAUCAACACGUUUUAGACUCAGAAAGUUAUCGAAGUACAGCGUUGUUCCAGAAUCGUUCAAGAAAGUCACGUCACUUUAAUCACCAAGUCAGGAAUAUUCAACUAAAAUUAAACAACAUACUUCGAGGGAAUUUAAUUUGAAAGUGUCAUGAACUGAUUCAUAUUAAGAGGAACAUUGAUUGCAGAUACGUCGGCAAAUAGGUACCAUUAACCCUAUGCCAAUUUGAUGCUGUGUUCCUGAUUUUGAUCCCGAGUUACUGAAUUUGAUCCUGUGUUCCUGCUGUAUAUCCUGUCGUCCUGAUCCCGCAACUGUGUUCCCGAUUCCGUUCCCGUCUCCAUCUUUCCUGUUGCCAGACCCGUAGGAUCGUCUUUUCAUCUCGUCUGUAAACGGCCGAAUCAGUAUAUCCAUUCAAAUCGCGAAUAGUCUACCGCGCUGUAUAUUCUGGUCCCACUGCCUUCAUGGAACUGCAUGACGAGAAGCUACCGGCAGCAACAUUCGCUUUUCUGAUAGUGAUACUCAAAAAUUAAGUUGGUGCCCCUCAUGAUGGAUUCAACGUAAAAUCUGAUGAAAGGAUAGUAGGACAUUGCAGCCGUAUUCACAGUGAAUAUAAAGUGUUACUUUAGUAGUUAGCUUAGUCAAACAUUGAGACUAAGUAGAACAAUCCACCGUUUGAAUCCGGUUGUAAUAUUUUGCGGGAAAAAUUGGAAACCGUUAUACCUCAAAAGAACGUAAUACAUUAACAGCUUUUUCCUGAUAUUACUGGAAUUUGUAAGUGGUCAUUCUGAUUUUUGACCAGGGAUAGUAUCUACGACAAUGUGGAAUAAUCGGAGGCAGUUUAUACUUGGCAGUUUGCUUUUUUUGGGUACUGUCACAUUUUUUAUGAUCGUCGGUGAUUUGCGCGUGGUCGGUGUGACAAGCGUACACAGCAAAGAUCAGAGUCACCCUGUAAGCAUACAUGACCACGGUUGUUAUACCAUCAGCAACACGUUCGCCAAUACAGCCCAUUCAAACGAGGUCCUGGAAGAACGAAGUUGUUCUAAGAGCGUCCCAAAUGUCCUCAUUAUUGGCAGUAAGAAGUGCGGCACCACGACGCUCAAGAACUUCUUAGGCUUUCAUCCGCAAAUCGCUGCUGCGGAAACCGAAGCUCACUACUACGACACAAACAUUUUCAUGGGCUUAGACUGGUUCAUAGAUCAACUACCGUAUGCUCUUCCAAAUCAACUCGUAGUUGAGAAGACGCCGCGGUAUUUAGUUUAUCCUGGCGUCCAGGAAAAGAUGAAGAAGGAUCUCAGUCCCGACAUCAAACUGAUCAUCGUCCUCCGAGAACCAGUGACACGAGCAAUUUCUGACUUCACGCAUAUUACCUUCAAGCGGUACACCUCAGAAAAACAUUUGCGAGACAAACGAACUGAUGGCAAACCCAGUAUGUCUCCAGAGCAAGCCGCGCUUCGAAAACAUUUCAAAAAGAUAGAAGCUAAGAAUAAUCAACGAUAUCCCAAUUAUGACAAAAUGGGGCUCACCUUUGAAGACUCGGUAUUAACUGAUAAAGGCGAUAUUGAUGUCAACAGUGCUAUUAUUGACACAAGUAUCUACGUAAAGUAUUUGAAGAAAUGGUUAAAGUAUUACUCAAGGGAUCAAAUUCUGGUUCUAGACGGUGAGCAGUUGAUCCUAGAACCGUAUCAAAUCAUGCAGAAGGUAGAGAAAUUCUUAGGCAUUGAACCAUACUUUUUGCCUGAGAAUUUUCAUUUCAAUGUUCAAAAACGCUUUUAUUGUCUUUCUCAGCCUAUUUAUGCCUGUAUGAAGCCAUCAAAGGGACGCGUGCACCCCUCAGUAAGUGAUGAAAUCGUUGACAAGUUAAAACAAUUUUAUACGCCCUAUAAUAUAGAGCUUGAAGAACUCUUGAACCAGACGUUUUCAUGGACAUAGCUAAACUGUUUUGAGGAUCAACAUGUCCUUCUACAGUGUUCGUUUUGAUCAUCCUCUCCUUUCUCUUUGUAAUCUUAUUUAUGCCUCCAACCUCCACUUUCCUUAUUCAUUUCAACCUGUUCAUUUUGUUGUGGCUUAACCAGAUUGUAUAACUAUUUUUCAUUUAAAAUAUAUUUACCUGUAUCGUGUAGCUAAAGCAGAACAUUUGAAUUUGCCUCUUUGUUUUCUAUUUUUGUCAUGGCAAAGGCGGCUCGCCGGGGGGGGGGGCAUAGUGCCCCCGUUGUUUGAAGUACUCCAGAAGUGCCCUCUCACCUCUGAUAAGUGCCCUCUUCACCUCUGAUAAUUGGUGCCCCUUUACUUUGACAAGUGCCCCUUUUCCUUUGUACGAAGAGCCACCUCCCUUCUAAUAAGUGCCCCAUUUUAAAUUUGAUAAGUGUCCAUCAAAUUAUGACACGUGCUCUUUUUCCUUUUUUAUAUGUGCCCCUUUCCCUUGUGAUAACUGCCCCUUUUCUUUUUUAAUAAGAGCCUCUUCCCCUUUUCAUAAAUGUACCAAUUAAAAUCUGAAAGGUACCCCUUUCCCAUUGUAAAAAGUGUCCCCUGUCAUCUCUUAUGAGUGCCCCUUUUCAUCCCAUUUGAGUGUUCCAUUUCACCAAUGAUAACUGCCCAUUUUAUUGUUAAACAUGCCCCAUUUUCCUUUCUAAUAAGUGCCCCUUUUCUUUUUUAAUAAAAGCCCUUUCCCCUUUUCCUUCGUCAAAAGACCCUUUUCUUUUGACAAAUGACCCUUUUCCUAUACAAUAAAUGCCCCUUUUUUCAUCUCUGGUGAGUGCCCCUUUUCAAGUGCUAGAAGUGUAACUUUUCACCUCUGAUUUUUGAACUUUUUACUUUUGACAAGUGCUCCUUUUCUUUUCUAAUAAUGUGCUCUUCCAUUCUGGUAUAAGUGCUCUCUUUCCUUUCUCUAUAACAUGCGUCCCUAAUUUAAAGCUACUAAAUGCUACUUUUUAUUCAAUUUCCCCCAAAGCUCUCUUGCAUUUACAGUUGAUAUAAUUAUGUAACUUAUUAUAUUAAAACCCUUUUCAGUCUUUCAUGAUGAGAUCGGUCUUAAACCCUAUCAGUCUUUUUUUUUUCCUUCAUCUUUUUAAGAUCGCAAUACGACCCCAUAAAAUUUAAUGUUACAAUUUGUACUAUCUCGCUCACAAAUGAGUAUUUAGACCAUCACGAAACAAAUAUUGAAAUAAUUCUGAUAGUGUAGUCACAAUGUAGGGGUAUAAACCAAUGUCUAAAAAAAAAAUGCUUCAGGUUUCCCUUGCUAGGUGCCCCCCUCCCAAUUUGUAAGACACUCCGCCGCCCCUGUGUCAUGGAUAUGUUAACAAGUCUAUAAUAUGAAUGAAAAUGGCUUACAGCAUGAUGGUUAUGUCAUUGUCGGCUUAAGAGGAAUGUGAAGCAAUUUCUUAAAAAUGCGAAAUAGGUUAAUUACUUUGUAUAGAAUAUUACGCCGACAACUGUUAUUCUCUACAACCUCUAUAUCGGCUUUUCCAAACAUUCAAAAGUGACUAUAAAAUUACGUGCUGCUUAAAUUCAUCAAUUUCCUUCAAAGGUGGUAACAUUACUUUCACGAAGUCGAUUGAUAAUGAUAUUUCAAGGACUUUGUGUUCCUUUUGAUUGUCUGUACUGUGUGACAACGGACAGUCGAUAUGCUCCAUUUGAUUAACUUGACAUAAUGUUGCUGACAAAAAAAAGUAUUGCUGAGUUGAGGAAUACCAGAUGUUACAAAAAUAAGGGCCUAUUUGAACUUUUGUUGUACUCCGAUGUUUUGUUGUAGUAUAUUGAUAACAUGUAUUGUAUACAUGACGUAUUAAGUUGUAUAAAUUAUUUAAUUGUAUGCAGUGAAACCGGCAGGUCUAUAAGGCUUUUAAACAAAAAGAUGUUGUAUUGCCCUUUAGGUGCCAAAACAUGGGUCGGUCGGAAUUUCUUUUUUCUUGUACUUUUUUUUGGGGCUCCCUCUUCGGGCCGAUAUUUCUUAGUUUUGAAUGCUCGAUAAAAAAUUUUCUUCUAAACAACGGUUUAAAAAAAAAAAAAAAAAAAAAAAAAUUUAAAGCUGACCGUAGAUUUUUGUGUCGGUCGGUCGCAAAGGGCAAUACAACUUUUUGUUUGUGUUAGGCCUAAAUAAGGCAAGUCAAAUGAAACAUACCAAACUAAUGGCACGUGGCCUUUCUAUUCAGGUUAUAAAAUUCUUCCUAUGGAAAGAUGAUGUGACCACUAGUGACAGGUGGCUUUUAUAGAGAGGUGGCCACAAUGACAAGUGUGACUACAUAAUGUCUGCAUGUUAUAAUUAUAAUGAGAAUGGAGUAGUUUUAUGAGCUCUAUGAGCUCCUAAUUUGUCAUUGGCCCUGCAGUCACCAUGACCCGAAUUCACAAAGGAGGUUUGUCGACAAACCGAGGUUUAUGUACAUCAUAAAAUUAUGACGCGUUUUGACGCGUUUUUUACAAACCUGGUUUGUAAAUAACAAAAGGAGGCUUGUCGAAACAAAAGGAGCUUUGUCGACAAACCUCAUUUGUGAAUUCGGGCCAAUGAGUUUUGAUGUCUGGUUGAAUUGAAGAGAAACUUUGAAUGAAUUAUUUUUGCCUGCGCAGAAGGAUACUCUUUCUGACUAUACAUCGCCACAAGAGAGGAGACAUUAAGUAAGUUCAUUGUACAUGAAUAAGACUAUAUUGUAUUCUUUGGACGUUUUCUAUUAUUCAGAAGAGAAAUAGUGGGAGGGGGGCACAAGUGAUCUCAAAAUUGAUUGACCAAAUUAGAAAAGUCAUAGAAGAGAUUUGAUGCAGCGCUAGGAUGUGGUUGAUCAGUCGAAGGUUCGAGGAAGUGCCUGAAACUGAAAGGAAAUUAGCCAUCUUUAUUUUGAAAUAGUUAUGAGGUACAGGCGUGACGACAGGAGGUAUGAAUUGAUUGAUUUUACACGUUUUGUUAAAGACCAUUGUUUGCAAUGUUAACGGAUGAUUGUGGUCAUGCGAGGAUGAAAUUAAUGAAGUAUAAGCCGUAACUACAUCGUUACUUGCUCCUGUAUUUAAUUUUCAGUGCACAUGUCAUUUUCAUUAAACGCCCACAAACUUUUAUGUAGCCAUAAACUUUCUAGUGAGGGAUGGGAUAAGGAUUAAAGAAAGAUAGCGAGAUGAUGCAAGAGAUAAUUAUAGAGGGGUAGAGAGAGAGAGAGACAGAGAAAGAGAGGGAAAGAGACGGAGAGAGAGAGAGGAGAAAGAGGGAAGGAUGAUUAAAAAAUAUGUGAAUUAAAUCCUCUUUUAAUUAGGAUAAGAGAUUUUUGAGUGAACGUAAAUCUCUUAUGCAUGCAUGCACAUAAUGGCUGGUCGUUACAGUAUAUAUGUACUGUGUACAUUGUUAUUUUGUUUACGCAUUUAGUUUGGGGUUACACAUUAUUAUAUUGCCACUUUCAUUAUUCAUGAUUAAUAUGAAUACAUUUGUAUCUUCCUUUUGUAUACUGAUUAUAAAUAUUCUUUUAUUUCAUCUUAUAAAUACCUCCAUUUUUGUACAGUAUUAAUACUCGAUUCCUGUGUAUAAUAUUAUGAAUCAGGUCAUGACUAGUACAUUAAUCGCAUCGCUAGACCGACUUCAUACCAACUCCAAAUCCAACGAUUCUUGGUUAUUCGGAGUAAUGUUGUAACUCAGCCACUCAGCCAACGAGACCGAUACCAGACCGAUCGAAGAAUCACAUUACCCCGAAUAAGUCAGUCGGUCUAGAGUCGAUCUCGAGUCGAUUUUGCGGUGUGACCAGGUUCAUGGUGUGACUGAGGUAUAGUAGUUUGUUCGGUCGGUCUGGUCUCGGUGUGACUAUUUUAUAAUGGAGUAAAGGCCUACGAUGUACCUCUGUAUCCUUGUCGCUUCGUGUAAUGGCUUGAUUAUUUUUCUUCUCAUCUCAUAAGUAUGUUACAACGUUUUUCAAUAAAAGUCAAUAAACCGGAA